UCGGGGAAGGGGGGGGAACCUGGGCAGCGGCCGGCCUCUGUGGCUUCAGGGCUCGGAGAGCGAGAGGGAGGGUGGCCAAGAGAGUGAGUUGGUGCCGCCGCCUGCCUGAGGAGAGAGGAGGGGUCCCGCCUGCCGGCGCCCUUCGCGGGCCGAGAGCGCUAGGCACCCACGAACCUCUGAGGCCUCCCGGCCCCUGGGGACCCCGCCCCGCCGCCGCCGGCCGGCCGGCCCGCGGCCUCUCUUCCCUUUGUGAGCGCCCCCUUCCCAGGGGUGGUGGUGGUGGCGGCAGAGGGUUGUGCGUGGGCCUGCCCGCCGAGGGGCCGCGGCGGGGGACCGACAGGGCCUCGGCUGUGUGAGGACGAGAGGCGGCCGAGGCCCGGGCCGGUUCCCCCGUAGCGGCGGCGGCUCCCGGCACUUCCCCGCGCCAUCUUAGCUGAGCCCCAGCGCUGAGGGCGCCUCCUCGACCCCGGUCGUCCCCUCGCUCCCCCCCGCCCCCCCGCCCCUUGUCGCAGAGCUUGGGCUGGGCGGCUCGUCGGGGCUCCGGGGGGGCGGGGGGGCAGCGGUGUGUCGCCAGGCCCCCUCCUCCUCCUCGCUCCUCGGCUUCCAGCGUAGCGGCUCCCGCGGCGCGGUAGGGGGCUGCGCCUGCCUACUCCGCCCCGACCUGUCGGCGAAAGGGUUAUGCCAAAGUGGCUUCAUUCAUACAGAUGAACCAAGGAUUGGGAUAGCAAGUACAAAAUUAGAAUCAAACAGCUGAUUGCCCAGCAGGAUGCCAUCAACUAACAGAGCAGGCAGCCUGAAGGACCCUGAAAUUGCAGAGCUCUUCUUCAAAGAAGAUCCAGAGAAGCUCUUCACAGACCUCAGAGAAAUUGGCCAUGGAAGCUUUGGAGCAGUGUAUUUUGCACGAGAUGUGCGUACCAAUGAAGUGGUGGCUAUCAAAAAAAUGUCUUAUAGUGGAAAGCAGUCUACUGAGAAAUGGCAGGAUAUUAUUAAAGAAGUCAAGUUUCUACAAAGAAUAAAACAUCCCAACAGUAUAGAAUAUAAAGGCUGCUAUUUACGUGAGCACACAGCAUGGCUUGUAAUGGAAUAUUGUUUAGGAUCUGCUUCAGAUUUACUGGAAGUUCACAAAAAGCCAUUACAAGAAGUGGAAAUAGCAGCAAUUACACAUGGUGCUCUCCAGGGAUUAGCCUACUUGCAUUCACAUACUAUGAUCCAUAGAGAUAUCAAAGCAGGAAAUAUUCUUCUGACAGAACCAGGCCAGGUGAAACUUGCUGACUUUGGAUCUGCUUCCAUGGCAUCUCCUGCCAAUUCUUUUGUGGGAACGCCAUAUUGGAUGGCCCCAGAAGUAAUUUUAGCCAUGGAUGAAGGACAGUAUGAUGGCAAAGUAGAUGUAUGGUCUCUUGGAAUAACAUGUAUUGAACUAGCGGAAAGAAAGCCUCCUUUAUUUAAUAUGAAUGCAAUGAGUGCCUUAUAUCACAUAGCCCAAAAUGAAUCCCCUACACUACAGUCUAAUGAAUGGUCUGAUUAUUUUCGCAACUUUGUAGAUUCUUGCCUCCAGAAAAUCCCUCAAGAUCGCCCUACAUCAGAGGAACUUUUAAAGCACAUGUUUGUUCUUCGGGAGCGCCCUGAAACAGUGUUAAUAGAUCUCAUUCAAAGGACAAAGGAUGCAGUAAGAGAGCUGGACAAUCUGCAAUAUAGAAAAAUGAAGAAACUCCUUUUCCAGGAGGCACAUAAUGGACCAGCAGUAGAAGCACAGGAAGAAGAAGAGGAACAAGAUCAUGGUGUUGGACGGACAGGAACAGUGAAUAGUGUUGGAAGUAAUCAGUCUAUUCCCAGUAUGUCCAUUAGUGCCAGUAGCCAAAGCAGUAGUGUUAACAGUCUUCCAGAUGCCUCGGAUGACAAGAGUGAGCUAGACAUGAUGGAGGGAGAUCAUACAGUGAUGUCUAAUAGUUCUGUCAUCCACUUAAAACCUGAGGAAGAAAAUUAUAGAGAAGAGGGAGAUCCUAGAACAAGAGCAUCAGAUCCACAAUCUCCACCCCAAGUAUCUCGUCAUAAAUCACACUAUCGUAAUCGAGAACACUUUGCUACUAUACGGACAGCAUCACUGGUUACAAGGCAAAUGCAAGAACAUGAGCAGGACUCUGAACUUAGAGAACAAAUGUCUGGCUAUAAGAGAAUGAGGCGACAACAUCAAAAGCAGCUGAUGACUCUAGAAAAUAAGCUAAAGGCUGAGAUGGAUGAACAUCGCCUCAGAUUAGAUAAAGAUCUUGAAACUCAACGUAACAAUUUUGCUGCAGAAAUGGAGAAACUUAUCAAGAAACAUCAGGCUGCUAUGGAAAAAGAGGCUAAAGUGAUGGCCAAUGAGGAGAAAAAAUUCCAGCAACAUAUUCAGGCCCAACAGAAGAAAGAACUGAAUAGCUUUUUGGAGUCCCAGAAGAGAGAAUACAAACUUCGAAAAGAACAGCUUAAGGAGGAGCUAAAUGAAAACCAGAGCACUCCAAAAAAAGAAAAACAGGAGUGGCUUUCAAAGCAAAAGGAGAAUAUACAGCAUUUCCAAGCAGAAGAAGAGGCUAAUCUUCUUCGACGUCAGAGACAAUACCUAGAGCUGGAGUGCCGCCGCUUCAAGAGAAGAAUGUUACUUGGACGCCAUAACUUAGAGCAGGACCUUGUCAGGGAGGAGUUAAAUAAAAGGCAGACCCAAAAGGACUUAGAGCAUGCCAUGCUACUGCGACAACAUGAAUCCAUGCAAGAACUGGAGUUUCGUCACCUCAACACAAUUCAGAAGAUGCGCUGUGAGUUGAUCAGAUUACAGCAUCAAACUGAGCUCACUAACCAGCUGGAAUAUAAUAAGCGAAGAGAACGGGAACUAAGGCGAAAGCAUGUCAUGGAGGUUCGACAGCAGCCUAAGAGCCUGAAGUCUAAAGAACUCCAAAUAAAAAAGCAGUUUCAGGACACCUGCAAAAUCCAAACCAGACAGUACAAAGCAUUAAGAAAUCACCUACUGGAGACUACACCAAAGAGUGAGCACAAAGCUGUUCUGAAACGGCUCAAGGAGGAGCAGACCCGGAAGUUAGCCAUCUUGGCUGAGCAGUAUGACCACAGCAUUAAUGAAAUGCUAUCCACACAAGCCCUGCGUUUGGAUGAAGCACAGGAAGCAGAGUGCCAGGUUUUGAAGAUGCAGCUGCAGCAGGAACUGGAACUGUUGAAUGCAUAUCAGAGCAAAAUCAAGAUGCAAGCUGAGGCACAACAUGAUCGAGAGCUUCGGGAGCUUGAACAAAGGGUCUCCCUACGAAGGGCACUCUUAGAACAAAAGAUUGAAGAAGAGAUGUUGGCUUUGCAGAAUGAACGCACAGAACGAAUACGAAGUCUGCUGGAGCGUCAAGCCAGAGAAAUCGAAGCUUUUGACUCUGAAAGUAUGAGACUGGGUUUUAGUAACAUGGUCCUUUCUAAUCUCUCCCCUGAGGCAUUCAGCCACAGCUACCCAGGAGCUUCUGGUUGGUCUCACAACCCUACUGGGGGUCCAGGACCUCACUGGGGUCAUCCCAUGGGUGGCCCACCACAAGCUUGGGGCCAUCCGAUGCAAGGUGGACCCCAGCCAUGGGGUCACCCCUCAGGGCCAAUGCAAGGGGUGCCCCGAGGUAGCAGUAUGGGGGUCCGCAACAGCCCUCAGGCUCUGAGGCGAACAGCUUCUGGGGGACGGACGGAGCAGGGCAUGAGCAGAAGCACGAGUGUCACCUCACAGAUCUCCAAUGGGUCACAUCUGUCUUACACAUAGCUUAAUAGUUGAAAGUGGCAAUUCUGCUGGAGCUGUCUGCCAAAAGAAACUCCCUACAGACAUCGUCACAGCAGCCUCCUCACUUGGGUACUACAGUGUGGAAGCUGAAUGCAUAUGGUAUAUUUUAUUCAUUUUUUUAAAGCGUUCUGUUUUGUGUUUACUAAUUUGGAUGUCAUAGUAUUUGGCUGCCAGGUUUUGGUUUUUGUUUUUAACUUUUGGAGAAAUUUAAAAGGGAAUUGAUAUGUAUGUGUGUGUGUGCACGCAUGCACACAUACACACACACACAUCAUGUGUGUGGUAAAAAGAAAUUGGCUAGAUAGGGGGUAUUUUCUGAACACUGCAAAUAUAUAAUACAACAGAA